AUGAGACAAGUGUACAACGAGUUCAAGUCACCUUACGUUGGAAUGUGGGCAUUCUGGAGACCAGGACUGGUGAUCAACUGCCCAGAGUUAGCCAGAAAGGUGCUUGUAAAAGACCAUGAAGUGUUCAAGAACAGGUUCCUGAGUUCCGGCAAAACAGACCCCAUCGGGGGUCUUAAUCUGUUUACUGUGAAUGAUCCAACUUGGUCUUUCCUAAGGCGACGUCUUACUGUACUAUUUACAGCAGCUCGACUGAGAAGCCUAAAUAGCUUACUAUCAGCUAAAUCCAAUGAUUUGGUAAAGAGGAUCAGAGAAGACAUGGCCAAUGAAGAUCCUUUGAAUUUGAGGGUUUUAUGUUCAGACUUCACAACAGACGUAAUCGGAGAAGCUGCGUUUGGCCUCACCAGUGAGUCAGUCAGGACUGGUGACAGUCUGAUGAGGCGAAUCACCAAGGAGUUUGUAAAGUUCAAUCUUCAUAGAGGACUAUGUUGGUCCAGUAUCUUCUUUUUUCCAGAAAUGGUGGAUGUUUUUAGGUUUUCUCUGUUCCCAAAAGAUUCGGUAGAAGUUUUACGUCAUAUAUUCCGAACUAUAAUAGACCAAAGAGGGGGUUAUGAGAAGAAAGUCAAAGAGUGCAGGGACCUUCUUGAUGCUCUGCUGAAGAUGAAGCAAGAGGCUGAAGAAGACUAUGAAGAGAUCAGUGAAGACUUGUUACUUGCUCAAGCCGCCAUCUUUCUUCUGGGAGGCUUUGACACUUCAGGAGUAACAUUGACGUGGACUUUGUAUGAGCUGGCUUGGAACCCGCUGUGUCAGACUCAAACUAACCCUCCCAGUCAGCUUUACAUUCCUGAUGAUGAUGGUGAUGAUGGUGGGUGGAAAGGUGAAGGUGAAGGCGAAGGUGAAGGUGAAGGUGAAGGUGAAGGCGAAGGCGAAGGUGAAGGUGAAGGUGAAGGUGAAGGUGAAGGUGAAGGUGAAGGUGAAGGUGAAGGUGAAGGUGAAGGUGAAGGUGAAGGCGAAGGCGAAGGCGAAGGUGAAGGCGAAGGCGAAGGUGAAGGUGAAGGUGAAGGUGAAGGUGAAGGUGAAGGUGAAGGUGAAGGUGAAGGUGAAGGUGAAGGUGAAGGUGAAGGUGAAGGUGAAGGUGAAGGUGAAGGUGAAGGUGAAGGUGAAGGUGAAGGUGAAGGUGAAGGUGAAGGUGAAGGUGAAGGUGAAGGUGAAGGUGAAGGUGAAGGUGAAGGUGAAGUUGAAGGUGAAGGUGAAGGUGAAGGUGAAGGUGAAGGUGAAGGUGAAGGUGAAGGUGAAGGUGAAGGUGAAGGUGAAGGUGAAGGUGAAGGUGAAGGUGAAGGUGAAGGUGAAGGUGAAGGUGAAGGUGAAGGUGAAGAGGCACUUCGCAAAUUCCCAUCAAUGGGCUGGCUGGAUCGCAUUGCAUCCCAAGAUUACAAGAUCGAUGAAAAUCUAACAAUACCAAAGGGCACAGUGGUGUAUGUGAACUCAGUGGGCAUGCAGCAAGACCCCAAAUACUUUCCCAAUCCACAAAUAUACAAUCCUGAUAGAUUCCUCCCGGAAAAUGAGAGGAAUAUCACUCCUUAUACAUUUUUGCCAUUCGGAGACGGACCUAGAGGAUGCAUUGGUAAACGCUUCGGUUAUCAGACUGUUCGGUGUGGUUUGGCGUCCGUCAUACUUAAUUAUGAGAUACGAGCUUUACCCAACAUGCCGAAGCCAAAUGAGUGUCACAUUGAGAAGCACGGCCUGUUCCUAGGUCCAGACAAGAAACUGUCUGUAGAAUUUAGACCUAGAUAUCGACAUAAUGGUCUUUUAUACUAUGAUAUGUGA